AGAUUUAAUUGUAGGAAACAUGGCUAGCAACGAUGAAGGACAGGGUUCUGGUGAUUGCAACGUCUACGAGGCGUCAGACGCUUAUUUGAACCUUCUCGACGAGCAACGGUUGUUGCAGGGCCCAUCUGUCACAUCCGAGACUGAGACUGACAUCGAGACCGGCACCGAGGCUGGCGCUGAGACCCAGACCGACACCGAGACCGACAUGGAGACUGGCGAAGCCGGUAUAGAACCGAAACCGAAGAGGCAAUGGCGCCUAAACUAGCUCAUCACUACUAGAUUGGUGGUCACAAAGGUGGACGACGGCAAUUUUGAGCCAAAAGAGCAUGCGGAAGCGCGUGCGUGCUACGACAAUCAAAUAGGUUGCAUCAUACGGGCAACCGCCACCAUCAACGAUGCGAAACUAAAGAAGAUACCUGAUAUGAAGCACUCCCUUCUAACGAAGCUGCACAAGGUAUUCUUGUUCCUGGGCCGGGAUGAAAUCAAAUAUAAAAAUGCAGAUAAAGACCCGGCAAUGAAGAAGAUAACAGAUGCGCCAUGGGCAAGUUUAGCGGCGCGUUGUCCGCCUGAAAAGUAAGGGUGAAACAUCGGAUCAUCGACAAAGAGGAACCCAACAAUUUCGGAAGAGCAAUUUGAAAUAUUCAAGGCGGCUUGCGUUGCCGAAGCUGCCAAAGAAAAGUUGGAGUACAUGAAGGGGCUUCAAGAGAGGAACAUGGGGUGCCACCACCUCGGAAGCCGUGGUUACGCGGGGAAGAGGUCCAUAUGGGCCAAGGAGGACGCGGAACACGAAAGUCUGGGCAUCCCAGACCCCUUGGCAGAGUUCACCAUCCCGCAGGAGCGUGACAUCAUCAGGGCCCGGUACCAUUGGGACCCAGUCAAGAAGGUUUUGGAGACGGACGCGGUCACGACGGAGUUCAUGAGACUGUUGAAAGAGCAGCUCAAAAUUGUGGCCAAAAGCGACUCGCCAUCUGAGGUGUUGGCGAGGCCCAAGUGGGACACCCCAUUCAACCGGGCCUUGAACAUAUUGAAAGGACUCACGGUGGACAUUCGGCCGUCGUAUGGACGCGUGCACGACGUCGGAGACGGUGCCACGUGGAAGAAGUACUAUCGUGAGACCACAGAGGAGAGGAAGGAAAGACGGAGGUUAAAUGAAGAAAACAUCGACAAGAAGGUUGAGAUUGCGAUUGAAAAGAAAUCAGCUGAGACAGUCAAAGCAGCGGUAGCUGCCGCAAAAGAGGAGAUUGCAGCUUCGUAUAGUGCACUACAAAAAAAUACACUUCCAUGAUGAUACGUAUUUGUCACAGUAGGUCACGU